GAAACUAAGAAAAAGAAAAAUAUAAUGCCGAGGUUUGGUGGUGCAGAAAGUAGUACUCCCAAUGGAGAGUCAUCGGACGGCCGAGGUUUUCCGAAAGAUCACCCUCGAGAUACGCGUGACUUGCCAUCUUUAUUGUCUUCUUGCUAUCCUAUUACUCUCAAGUUCGUGGACGUGUGCUACCGGGUGAAGAUUGAGAACAAGCAGAAGCGCGGCGGCAGCAGCCUCAGCCGCAUAUUUUGUCAGAGGCCCACAAAAUCCGAUCAAAGAUCAACGGCCACGAUUGAAGAGCGAACAAUCAUGAGCGGGAUAACAGGAAUGGUUUCCCCAGGCGAAAUCCUAGCCAUCCUGGGCCCCUCCGGGAGCGGAAAAUCCACGCUCCUCAAUGCGCUUGCUGGGAGACUCCACGGAAACGGCUUGACCGGAAAAAUCGUCGCCAACGAUCGUAAGUUGAGCAAAACGGUUCUGAGACGCACGGGGUUCGUGACGCAGGACGAUAUUCUCUACCCCCACCUCACCGUCCGCGAAACCCUAGUUUUCUGCUCCCUCCUCCGCCUGCCGCAGACGCUAUCGAAAAAGGAGAAAAUAUCGGUGGCCGAGUCGGUGAUCUCGGAGCUGGGUUUGGUGAAAUGCGAGAACACAAUAAUAGGGAACAGCUUCAUACGUGGGAUAUCUGGCGGGGAGCGAAAGAGAGUGAGCAUAGCGAACGAGAUGCUGAUUAACCCUAGUUUGCUCGUGCUGGACGAGCCCACGUCAGGGUUGGACUCCACCGGGGCCCACCGGCUGGUUGCCACGUUGGCUUCCCUAGCUCAGAAGGGAAAGACGAUAGUGACGUCCAUGCACCAACCGUCUAGCCGAGUUUACCAGAUGUUCCACUCGGUGUUGGUUCUGUCAGAGGGGAGGAGCUUGUACUUUGGGAAAGGGAACGAGGCUGUCGGCUACUUUGAGUCGGUUGGCUUCUCGCCGUCUUUCUCCAUGAACCCUGCGGACUUCCUGCUUGAUCUCGCUAACGGUGUUUGCCAGCUUGAUAGUGGAAGUGAAAGAGAUAAGCCAAACAUCAAGAACACCCUCUUUUCAUCGUACAACACCUUGUUGGCUCCGAAGGUAAAAGCUGCCUGCUUGGACAACACUGCAACCAUUCCAACAAAAGGGACGAAUAUUGUUAUUGGAAGCAGCCAUUCUUCAAAAGAACAAAGAUACUGCAGCAAUAUAAUAUCCUUCUCCGCAUGGUUCAACCAGUUCAGGAUACUCCUCCAAAGAAGCCUCAAGGAGCGAAAACACGAAUCCUUUAACACUCUUCGGGUCUUCCAGGUAAUCACAGCCGCAAUAUUAGCCGGUUUGAUGUGGUGGCACUCCAAUUUCCUAGACAUCCAAGACCGUCUAGGCCUCCUCUUCUUCAUCUCCAUCUUCUGGGGAGUCUUCCCGUCGUUCAACUCCGUCUUCGCCUUCCCUCAAGAGCGUGCCAUCUUCAUGAAGGAGCGUGCUUCUGGAAUGUACACACUUUCUUCAUACUUCAUGGCUCGGAUCGUCGGAGAUCUGCCGAUGGAACUCAUUCUCCCAACCAUCUUUCUCGCUGUCACUUACUGGAUGGCCGGACUAAAACCCACGUUAGACGCUUUUCUUUUGACUCUGUUGCUCCUGCUCGGCUACGUGCUCGUCUCUCAGGGCCUUGGCCUCUUCUUAGGCGCGGCUAUCAUGGACGCCAAGCAGGCCUCGACGGUGGUAACGAUUACAAUGCUGGCGUUUGUGUUGACCGGAGGGUUUUACGUGCACAAGGUGCCCUCUUGCAUGGCUUGGAUCAAGUAUAUUUCCACCACCUUUUACAGUUACCGGCUUCUCAUCAACGUGCAAUAUGGAGAAGGGGAGAAACUCUCGUCCUUGUUGGGCUGCUCCGGCCAGCAUGGACGUGAUAGAUCUUCGGCGAGCUGUAAGUUUAUUGAAGAAGACAUUGGGAGGCAAAUCAGCCCUCUGGUGAGCGUUGGCGUGCUGCUGUUGAUGUUUGUGGGAUAUAGGUUGUUGGCUUACAUUGCGUUGAGGCGCAUCAAAGCUUGAUUUCUGUAGUUGGUCAUAAUUGUAAUUCUUGGAAUAACUGAAGGACACAGGAGGAUGGAUGCACAAGCUAAUAUCCAAUCCUGUCCACGCUGCUAUAGCUUAAUA